GUUGAAGAUUCAGAGGCAUAUCAUGGUGUAACUGCAGUGUGUGGCUUGCUUGCAGUGGUUGUAGUAUCUCACCUACCCAGAGAUGCUGCCAUUGAAUGGCAUGUUGUUGCAGUAGUUGAUGAUCCACUCCAAAGAAAACAUUUUGCAAUGAAGACGUUGUCAGAGGGCUUCCAAAUUGAGUGUGAAUCUGUGGAGUCUAGUUCUGCAUCUUGUGCAUCAAUCUCCGUACGUCUGAGCUUGGUUUCACCGUCUGCUUCUCAGCUUGAUUUAGAUGGACCUCUUCAUGACUUGGUUGCUGUGUUUAGACAAGCUGUUGAGAAACUGUCAGACGACUGCAGUGCAAGUCCUUUGUCUCUUAGAGCUUUCUUCAAGGAGGAUGUCUUUGAUGCUGAAACAUUACGAACAGGACUGCAAGAAUACCUGGAAAAAUAUUUGGUCAAGAAGACCCCAGCUUUGAUUUUAGUACCUGUGGUGGAUUUACCUGGCAAGGAAGUUAUUCACGUAGCAUGCUGGCUAAGCUAGAAGUUCAAAAGAGAUGAGUUGAUAUCAAAACACACAUUCCACCUAGAAACGAACAAAAAAAUGAAUGUUUUGGAUACUUUCAUUAAGCAAUAUUGUUUGAUUUAAGCAAAGUCAUACUUAACUUGUUAUUGAUGCCUCAUGAUAUGUGACAGAUUCAGCUUUGUAUGAACAAUAAAGGCUUCUUUUC